UACCGAAAUGGGGUUGGUGAGUGAUGAUAAUUGCGGGCCGGGGGAUUGUAUCAAUACGGAUAAUAUAGUCGAGAAAGUGAAACAGCUCAUGACGCAGGCGGCGAAUAGCGAGGCAAUGAAUGAGCGGCACGUGGUGGCCGUGCCGUAUCCGGGCAGAGGCCACAUCAACCCUAUGAUGAAUCUGUGCAAGCUGCUCGCGACUUCCAAGCCGGAUCUCCUCAUCACCAUCGUCCUCACGGAGGAGUGGCUCGGCUUGAUCGGCGCCGAGGAGAAGCCGCCGAGCAUCCGCUUCGCCACCAUCCCCAACGUGCUCCCGUCGGAGCUGGAGCGCGCCGCCGACAUGCCCAGUUUCGUCGGGGCGACGCAGACUAAGAUGGGGGAGCCGUUCGAGCGGCUCAUGGACCGCCUCAUCGAGCCCAUCCAUUUAAUAAUUGCGGAUACGUUUUUGCUCUGGGCGGUUGACUUCGGGAACCGGAGGAAUAUUCCGGUGGCGUCGCUCUGGCCGAUGCCGGCUUCCGUCUUCUCGCUGUUUUACCAUUUUGACCUCCUCAAACGCAAUGCUCAUUACCCCUUUCACUUAUCCGAAAGAGGGGAUGAACGAAUAGAUUACGUCCCUGGGAUCGCGUCGAUUCGCCUUGCAGACAUCCCAUCAAUCGCCUCCAUGAAAGAUGAACGUCUUCUUGGUUAUGCCCUUGGAGUUUUCUCCAACAUAUCGAAGGCUCAAUACCUAUUACUUUCUUCUAUCUACGAGCUGGAAUCCCAAGUCAUACAAGCCCUAAACCAAGAAUUCUCAUUUCCAAUAUACACUUUUGGCCCACCUAUACCUUACCUCGAUCUUGAAAAUCUUAUAUCUUUCUCAAACAACCAAAGUGAUCAUCCCCACUACUUUGAGUGGCUGAAUUCCCAGCCACCCUGCUCGGUUUUGUACGUCUCGUUGGGGAGUUUUCUCUCCGUUUCUCGUGCCCAAAUGGACGAGAUCGCGGACGGACUACGGGCGAGUGGCAUGAGGUUCUUGUGGGUGGCUCGUGGGGAGGCGGAGAGGCUGCAAGAACGGUGUGGGGAGGCUGGGAGAGUCGUGCCCUGGUGCGAGCAGCUCAAGGUGCUGUGCCAUCCUUCUGUAGGGGGAUUCUGGACGCACUGUGGGUGGAAUUCGACUAUGGAAUGUAUCAUUAGUGGAGUCCCGAUGAUCUGUUUUCCAAUAAUUAUGGAUCAAACCACGAUCCGGAAACAUGUGGUUGAGGAUUGGAAGAUCGGAGUGGAUGCCCAGAAAGGCUUGGCACUAGGGGAAUUACUCAGGAGCGAGGAAAUUGCUGAGCUUGUGAAGAAAUUCAUGGAUUUAGAGAGCGUCGAGAGGAAAGAGAUGGAUAGAAGAGCGAGAGAGUUUCAAGACGCAACUCGACGAGCGGUUGCAGACGGAGGUUCGUCUGCGGCGAACCUCGCUUCUCUGCUGAAUGACAUCGUGUCGCUCAGACAUGAGGAUUCACAUCGACUCAUGUGAUGUUGAAUGUUGGACACAAUUAGAUGGCCUACUCCGUGCCUUGUUUGUAUUAAUAGGCACAAGAAUAUGUGUUAAUAGGGAAAAAUGCCCCCUUCUUAUAAAAACUUGUAAAAUUGCCCACUUUUGUUUAUGAAAGUGGGCAAUUUUACAAGUUUUUAUAAGGAUGUGGGCAUUUUUGCAAAUGUCCCCAAGAAUAUUGUGCCACAGAGUAUUCAACAUGGAGUAUUUCGACUUUAA